AUGAAGUUCGCAGUUUCUUUCGCUACUCUUUCUGCUCUUUUUGCUGCUGCCUACGCAAAUGCCAACGCUUUCACAACCCCUCUGGGUGGUGAAACAUGGACCGCAGGCCAGACCGUCCACAUUGCUUGGGCCAACGCUAGCGGCUCUACCGUCACUUUGGAGCUUGUCCAGGGCGAGUCUACCAACGUUCAUGUUGCUGCUGUGAUCACCAAGGACUACAAAAACACUGCCAACUCUAACGGUAUUGUCAAUGUCAACUGGGUCAUUCCCACCUCGUUGACCGAUGGCAAGUACGCUUUCGAGAUCAUAAACAACGACAACACCGACGAGGUCAACUACUCUGGUUGGAUCAUGAUCGAGGGUGGUGCUAGCAACUCCUCUUCCGCCGCCGCCUCCACCACCUCGGCUGCUGCCAACAGCACUUUGGCCUCUUCGGUUCUCCCGACUGCCAACCUUUCCUCCUCGGCUGUCGCCAGCGCCAACUCUUCUUCCGUUGUCUUGUCCUCGGCCAUCCCCACCGCUAAUAUCUCUACAUCCAUGAACAUUUCCUCUUCGGCUGCUGCUUCUACUCCUGUCGUUAACAGCACCUCCGUGGCUAGCUCCGGUUCCGCCAAGGUUUCCAGCUCCAAGGCCGCAUCUUCCAAGGAGGAGGCAAGCACCGCCACUCAGAAGCAGACCAAGACUGUUCUCCCCACCGCCUCCGAGUCUUCAUCGCCUUCUGGGUCUGCCUCGGCCUCUUCUAGCAAAGCUUCCAGUGCCAACGCCGCUGCUGGCGCCUCCGUUGGCGUCGCCGGUAUCAUCGGUGCCGUUGCCUUUGCACUUUUGUAA